ACGACCACCAUUAUCAACAAUGGCCUAUGUUAUGCCACCCCAUCCUCAUCUCGACUUUCAUGCUGGGCCAGUCAAGCAAGCCCCUUCACCGUUUGGCUUUGGCUUCGGCCUUGGUUCCUCUUCAUCUGUCAUGGGGAUGAAUCGCCCUAAUCAUUCACAUGGACAGGUGUCGGCAUUCCAGCCUGCACCAGCUGUCGUACAGCCAUCUCCUGUACGAGGCUCGAAACGAAGACACGAGGCUGAGGACGAAGAGAAUAUACAGCCAAGAGAUGAAAGCAUGGAUAGGAGUCCCACUCCCGAGCGACCAAAACGAGCCGUCCCCAAGAGAGCUCGUAUGGUCCAGUCGGCAGACGGGGGUGGCAAAGGCGAGAAGCCGGGUAAAGACAGCAAGGGAGCGGCUUCGAAUGAUGGUAACGACAUGGAUGUCGGUGUUUUACUGGCGAGCUUACCGCCCGAAGCUCUUCUACCACUACUUACCUCCCUCAUAACUGCGCAACCUUCCCUGAAACCUGUCGUUCUUUCACUUAUUCCCCGGCCGACACUGGAUACCGCUCUCCACGCACUUGCACAAGCCGCCAAGAAGCUUCGCGACGCCUAUCCCUUUUCUCAUGCCUCUUCGUUUUCCCAAGGGUCAUCAUCCACAUUUUCAGCUGGAUUGGGCAAUAGCAGGCACAACAUAAGCUCAAGCUCUCAUGGCAGUCUAGGAUUCGGCUUCAGCCAGCCAUCCACCGUCUUUCCCAGUUCAUCCACAUCCGAUAGCUUUAGCAGCGGAGGGAUGCGUGACUCGUACGUCCUGUCUCGCCUGAGACCUCACAUUGAUGCUUUUGUCACUGCUGCUUCAACCUAUCUGCCCUAUUUCUCAUUUGUGGCACCUGGUAACCAGUCCGCGUCGCCACCCUCCUCCGCUCCCGUUUCCAAAGACAAACUCCACCCUUCCGAGGUCUUCGUAUUUUUGUCUGCUCUGACUACGCACAUCCUGGAGCAGCCGCCUCUGGCGCAAUCAUCGCUUGCGCCUCUACUUCUUCCGCGGCUAUCGGAAGAAUGGAAAGCCUGGGUUCUUCGGGUGGAUGAUUCCGUGAACCGUCAAGGGGGGAUGUACCGUGAGGAGACCGUGCGAACAUGGGAGAGGGAUCUGGAUGCCUUUGCACAGGCGAAAGAUCAUGGGAUGGAUGUUAUGCGGGACGUCAGAGACCGUUGGGUGCAGAAAGUGGGAUGGUUGGUGGGACGUAUGGGUCAACCUAUGGAGGAAUUCUAGAGUGUCGGCCGUUUUGAUCGACCGAGCCUAUGUUUGAGAUUUAUAUGGACUUCCUGGUCCGCGGCAUGCUUCUGUUGGCACUCAUUCUAUAGCAUUAUUGCACGCUUUUUUGUGUUCACGCAUUUCCGCAACUUAUACGUUCAUUAUUAUGAUAUCUGUCAUGUCUGCUUCCGCAAUUCUCUGUGCUAUAGUCAAUGGAACUCGAUCCUAUGCCUUUCCCUGUG